GUUCUAUCAAGAUGUCUCCAAAACGGAAGAAGACAGGACAUGGUGACGACCCACCCAAGGCGAAGAAGACCAGAUCAGAGGAUACUCCUGAUGACGAUACAACCAAGACCGAUGUCAACUGGUUCAUACCAAAAGAAAAGGGAAAGAACAUCUACAAAGAGAAAUGCGCAGCCGAGUAUGCCCAAAUCCUCUAUGAGAAAGCGCGAGAAGAGAUAAGUCCGCAACAAGCACCUUUGUUAGAUCCGCAAUUCCGGACGCCAGUAUUCCAAAAGCAAGGCAAAGAUCUGCGAGCGGGAGACAAGUACAGGCCCAGCGCGUCUUUGCGCAACCUGUUCAACGAUAUCAAGAGUAGAAGUAUUGAUAAGGAAGAGGGCCAUAGCAUCACUCAUUUCCAGCAGCAGUUUGGCGAUGACGCAAACAUUGCAGUAGUGCUCUCAAGAGCGGAGGACAACGCUACUUUUGUUCUAAAUGAAGACCAACGUUUGGAAGUGUAA